GCAAAACAUGCUGCCUGGAACAGCGGUUGUGAGCCAACAGCUGCAAACGGCGCUGCGGAUGCGCCCUCGCACUGGCACAGGUGAUGCUUGGACCGACGAUGACCGGUGCAUCCUGGUCACGGGUGCUUCUGGAACAGGGAAGACCACGUGGCUGCGACACUUCAUGACCACGAACGGCGUGGCAUUUGAGGAGACAAGCGCCGAUGCGUUUUUCACGGCCUCGGAUCAGUUUGCAGCGAUCAAUCGCCGUUUCAAGCGCGCCGUUGAGCGCGGUAAGCAAGCUCGGUUUGUGUGGAUUCUGGACAACUUUGAGAUGGUGGGCGCCAAAACCUUUCGCAGUAUCGUUGAAUCGCAUGUGAAAGCACACUUCCUGGACGCCCUUCGAAAGUUUACACAGAGGACGGCACGCCACAACACCUACAUUGUUGCCGUGACAAGCAAGCCCGAUCAGCUUGACGAGCGGCUUCAGCGGUUUGGACAAUUCUUCCACACGUGCAUUGAACUGUCUGCACCAACGGCGCGCGUACGCCGGGAGAUUGUGGAGAUGUUUCUUCAGAAGCGACCCAGCACGAGGGACACGCAUGGUGGUGGGGAUGGUGACACGCACGAUAACAAGGGACAGCAGCAGCAAGAACAGGGGGAUUGCGACGGGAAGAAAGUCGAGGCACGCGCGGACAGACCGCUGUCUCAUCGCAAAUCAGCGACAGAUACAUGGCAGCGCUUUUCGCAAGAUCUAGCGCGGUUGAUAGAAGCGCGCGGGCACGGGUUCAAAGCGGGCGAUAUACAGGCGUUUCUGCAGCAGGCACUCACCCGCAACAGCCGCAUCUACGACAAAUACGGCCGCUGUGCAGGGGUGAGGGAGCUGGCUGUUUGGCUGCACAAGUUUCGAGGAACGCUUCCAUCGUCCACAGUUCCAUCUGGCACCCACCUCUCCCUGGCUGACCUUUGCGGGUGCUGUGCGGUGAAGCGGCAGCUGUGGCAGUACUUCCUCACACCGCUGGCCGCCGCCAUGGCGAGCGCAGCGGAUGGCUGUGAUGACGACGCGCCUUUCGCCUCGCGCGAUGCACAGCAGAUGCACCGGGGAGACGCCGAAGCGCAGGCGUGUGGCACGGCUCCUUGCGAUGCAGUACACCCAACGUCAACAGCAGCGCCCGUGCCAGCGCCAGCGCCGGUGUCGGUGCCAUUGCGACGAGGGACAGCGCAUGCGAGUGUCCGCCCAUCACACGGCAUCCUGUUGCAUGGGCCAAGCGGCACGGGCAAGACGAGCCUUUGUCUGGCAACAGCAGCCGCCGCGGGCCUGAAUGUGAUCCACGUGCUCGGCUCCAACAUCCGCUCCAAGAUUGUUGGCGAGAGCGAAGCUGCCGUGGCCAAGGUGUUCCGCGACGCCGCCAACUGCCGCCCGUGUGUUCUUCUCGUCGACCAGCUCGAGUCCAUCUGCGGCAAACACAGCGAGGACGAUCGGGCAAGCCAGCGGCUGACGGCGGCGUUCGUUCGUGAACUUGACGCUGUGCACGCAAAUGCUGACGCGUGGGCGAGCAGCGGUGGCGGUGUGUAUGUGCUGGCAACGACGCAGGACGUCAACUCCAUCGAUCCAGUUGUGCUGCGGCCUGGUCGUGUGGAGACGCUGGUGCGGACAACUAUUCCGACAGCAGAGGAGCGUCGAGAAAUGCUCGAUGAAUUGAUCUGGAACACCCCACUCCAGCUUGAGGAUGACACGUUUGAGCUUCGAGAUGAUCUCGUUGACAUGACUGCAGGGUUUUCGCAUGCUGAGAUUGCGCAGGUGUUUCAGGAGGCCGGCAUGGCUGCGCUGCGGCAGUGGCCGCACUUUCACGAUGCAGACGACCUCCACGUCCGCGGCAGGCACCUCAUCUCCUGUGCUCGCAGCCUCGCACAACAGCAGCACUGAUUCGUGUGCAUGUCCGUGUACUGCUGUGUGUGCAUUCGUGCAUUUGCGUGCGUCAAACUACUCUUCCUUCUUCCUUGCCGCGUUUGCUUUCUCCGCUUUUUGAUGAGUCAGCAGUUUAUUAGCACCGUCUAUUUUUGUC